GCCUGUGUGACAUGAAAUAUCUUGAUCUCGACGUCAGGCUCUGUCGAAAGCCCCCCCUUCUGACUAUCGAAAAGAAGUGCUCAGCCAAAGAAUCAAAUUACGACUUCAAGUUCUCUGCAUUGGCGAAGCAAAUAGAAUGUCUUCUGGUGAUCAGGCCACGAGAACUUUGGAAGGAGUCUUAUCUGGAAAUCGUCCUAUACUUUACCCUCCUUACACUCUUCGUGACGACACCACUUUUCCAUUGAGAACUGCGCCUCUGUACAUGUGUGAACUCUGUCAGUCCAUGGUAGAUAAUUGGGGUAAUGAUUGGAGGGUCAUUGCACAUCACAACACCAUGGCCGGAUUGGAACAGUCUGCGCUACAAGGGUGUGGACUCUGCCGUCAGUUUCUGACUGCCGCCAUGCGGCAUUCCUCCUCGCUUGCAGAAAAUCGACCAGGAGAGACAGGAUUCAUUUACAGAACCACUCUAGGAUCCGAAUCUGAAUGGAACCUCAGACUGAUCAUUAAUGAAUCUCCUAGUCGCUCCCCCGGAGCGAUGAGUGUGAUCGACUUAAUUCCAACCGAUCAGCCAGCAUUUGAAUACGACGCAAUCAUCACCUCCCCAAGCACGUUGGAUGGUAUGCAUCUUUGUAAGAAGUGGCUGCAAACUUGUGUUGAAAGACACAAGAUAUGUUCCUCCAAGAAUAGCGAAUAUAAACCCCCGUCCAGGCUGCUUGCUAUUGGCGGGGCUUCAAUUCUUUUGUAUGAAACAAAAGGGGAAGCGAAAUCGAUCCAAUACGCAACUCUAAGCCAUUGUUGGGGUGGUAAAGAGUUCUUGAAGCUAAAGAGGCGUAACUUGGCAAGUUUCUGUCUCAGUAUUCCAUUGGAUAUACUAUCAAAAACUUUCCAAGAUGCAAUUUUCAUUGCUCGGUAUCUCGGCUUCGACUACAUAUGGAUUGACUCGCUAUGUAUCAUUCAAGAUGACGAAGAGGACUGGGAAAGGGAGUCUAGUCUCAUGACCGAUGUAUAUGGAGGCUCUGCAUUGAACAUAGCAGCAGUGAGUGCUGAAGAUGGCGGUGUUGGCUGCUUCUUUCAAAGGGAGAGGACUUGGAGAACUCAACUGACUCUGAAAACCCACUCCGGAACAAUACUUCAUGAUGUGAAGUCACCUAACUAUCUUGCCAUUCGACGAACGCCAUUAUUCAGGCGUGGCUGGGUGCUCCAAGAACGAUAUUUACCUCCUCGUACCUUAUACUUUCAUGAAAGAGAGAUAUUUUGGGAUUGCAAAGAGACUUCCUGUGCUGAAUCAGGCUCCAUAGACGAUGAAAAUUUCAUUUCCGGGAAGGUUAAUCGUAACAAGUGGUGGUCAAUGGUCUCGCGAUAUUCAAGGAUGAGUUUAACCAAGCUCAGCGACAAGCUCAUCGCAAUCGGGGGGCUAGCAAAACUCAUUCAAAGCCAGACUGGAGACGAAUAUGUUGCAGGCUUAUGGAAAAAGGAUGUGGAGAUCCAACUACUGUGGUGGUCGCACAAAUCAAAGAGAACAGAGAUAUAUGUAGCACCGACAUGGUCUUGGGCCUCGGUUGAAGGCAUCGUCUAUGCCCCUUUAAUAACGAUAGAUGGGAGUGAGACGGAACCAUACAUACAAAUGUGCAGCCUGGUCGCUGAAUAGACUUCAUCCGGCCCAUUUGGACAAGUCAACGGUGGUACCAUCCGACUGAAGUGCAAGUACUUCCAACCAUGCAGGUUUGAGCGUCAUGUCAAAUACGCCGUAGGGCCAAGUAUGAUUCUAGACGGCAAUAAUGAGUUCUGGGGAAGUUUUAAAUUCGAUUGCCCCCAUUUAGAAGCUUCGGCGUUCAGGAAUGAUAUCAAUGAAGAUGAAGAAUAGGAAGAAAUAUCGUUGGAGGGGCAAAUGCCUGAUAAAGAUCAACGACCAGGAGGAGAAAAGGCCGACAGAAAGGAAUUCUUUGUUUUACCUAUACUGCGAGAUAAGGGACUAAUACUUGAAGCGAUCGAAGGUAGACAAGGCCAGUACCGACGCGCGGGGGAAUUUUCUGUCUCUUAUUGGGAUCAAAAACUAGCAGAAUUCCUGGAGGCAUCAACACCUGUCGCUAACGACUGUAUUGAGGUCUCUGUGGAUGAAAAUGGAGAAACGAUCUAUAUGAUAGAGAUCAUCUGAGGCUAGUUUACUCAUCAAAAAAUACCGAGAGUGAGUGAGUCACGUCCCAGUUCAGUGGUUAUUGCUGAUGUUCAAAGCCGGAGCUCCGAGGGAGAUAAAGUGGGCGGACGAUGGAGAUAUUCAGGAAGUUCAAUAUUGAUUCUUUUGAAAAUGAUAUUACUCUAUUGGCUUAAAGUUUUCUUUUCUCUGCUUUGGAUAUUCAUUCCCGCGCCUGAAUUUCUGGUUUCGCAGUAGCUUCAAUUACCGUGCUUCGGUACAAUAACCAGCCCCGAUGAUUACAAUUCCAACUAAAUUUCACAUGCUCCACCGUAGUUUUCUCCCUUCAUUACCUUCAUUGUGUAAUUACAGGAUAGUCUCAUCGUCCUGUAAGAUGGCGGGAAACGGCAAAAUCGUCGGGGAAGGAGAUAUACCACAGUGUCUGACACCUACAACAACGACGUACGCCCAAAGGAAAGAAACGGCAGAGCUAUGUGCAAGAGGGGUAUUGGCUGGAAGAGCACACCGAGACCGGACUCAAGAAGAGCGAAAGGCUUCCCGGACCACAAAACCCGAAGUUUGGUUUUACACAACAGACAGCCACUUGAGAACAACUAGCUAGGCAGUAUUCCGCACUAGGUCACUAGUAUUUGCAACAUGUAGUGCACCAAGUUAAAUUUCAAGGAGACC